GCAAAAUAAGUUGUUAUGCUUUUAUUAAUAAUACAGCAUUAUAGUUCUUCUUGCACUUCUAGUAAUUUCUUUGGUUGUGUUGGCAAUAACUAUUCUCUUGACUUGCUGCAGGCCCUUGCUCUUAAGCAUCAUACUUCCAAAAUAGCAGAUUUUUCUGAUCUUCACACUUUAACAACAUUUGGCUUCAGAGGAGAGGCACUAAGUUCCCUUUGUGCAUUGGGGAAGUUGACUGUGGAAACAAGAACAAAAAAUGAGCCGGUUGGCACACAUUUGACAUUUGAUCAUUCAGGUUUGGUAACAAAUGAAAGGAAAACUGCACGUCAAGUUGGCACCACUGUGACUGUUGAGAAAUUAUUCUCCACUUUGCCCGUGCGAAGUAAGGAAUUUAGUCGCAACAUUCGGCGAGAAUAUGGAAAGCUUGUUUCUUUAUUAAAUGCAUAUGCUAUAAUUGCUAAAGGAGUCCGAUUACUUUGCACGAACUCGACUAGCAAAAGUUCAAAAUCUGUGGUGCUAAAAACUCAAGGAAGCAGUUCAAUAAAGGAUAAUAUCAUAACUGUCUUUGGUUUAAACACCUUCCAAUGCUUAGCGCCUUUGAGUUUAUGCAUAUCUGAAGGCUGCACCAUCGAGGGCUUUCUUUCCAAGCCAGGAUGUGGCAGUGGUCGUAAUUUGGGAGACAGGCAGUUUUUUUAUGUAAAUAGGAGACCUGUUGAUAUGCCAAAGAUCAGCAAACUUGUCAAUGAAUUAUAUAGACUCUCAAAUGCCAAGCAAUAUCCCAUUGCAAUCUUGAAUUUUAUUGUACCAACUACAUCUUAUGAUGUUAAUGUAACUCCUGAUAAGAGGAAAAUUUUCUUUUCUGAUGAGAACUCCCUUAUGCUUUCUUUACGAGCAGCUAUAGAAAGGAUAUAUUCUCCUCAUCAGUGCAGUUAUUCUACCAACAACAUUAGGGAGCGCGAGAAAGAGGCAGAUAUCAUUGACUCGGAUGUUCAUCAUAAUGAUGAGGAGCCCUUGGCAACACCCGAAUCUCCUAAAGGUGGUGGGCUCGCGGAAAUCUCAUCUUGUCAAGAAUUGGUUGUGGAUGAUUACUCACCAAAGACACCGCAAGUGCAGAGUCAGGAUUUCCAUGAGAAACUGGGAACUGUUCAAGGUGACAGAAGCUCUCAACAAAAGGAAUUGACUCUUAAUGCGUGUGAGAUCAACAAAUCUGAAAGUCUUUCUGCCUACCAGUAUAAGCAAUCUAGUAGCUCUGCCAAAUCAACUGCGAAAAUUGAUGGGAAGAGUGCAAAUCACCCAAGAUUAAUGAAGAAAGACAAAGUUUCUCAUUCAAAUCUUGUACAAUCUUCACUUACAAACUUUGUGACUCCAAGUAAGAGGAAGCAUGAAAAUAGAUGCAGUGUGUUGUCUGAAAUGCCCGUUCUGAGAAAUGAAAAUAUUUCUUGUCAAGUCAGAAAAAUAAGUUCAGAAAUGCAUGCUUCAGUCUCAAGAUCCCAUACAUGUAAUGAUCAAGGGGAUAAUUCUCCUGAAGCCAGCACAGAAACAUUAGAGGAGCACCAUGUAUCAUUGAAUAUCUCUAACAGAGAGGAGAUUUCCCUUUCUGGUAAAUAUGACAUGCGUGAUGGAGGAUCUAGUGGGCAGAAUUCAGGAUUACAGGAUACUCCAUUGCUUGCUCAAGCAAACUCUGAAUCUUCACCUGACAAAGAUUUGGAAAUAAAGUCAGCAAACCUUUCAGGCUUUCCUUCAGAGCUUGAAUCACAACACAAAAUUAAUGACACUUUAAAACCUUGUUCCCUUAUGACUACGUCUUCAUAUUUGCAAUUUAAUAUCAAUGAUCUUAGAAGAAGAAGGCAACAGAGGCUCUCAAGAUUAUGUUCAAACAAUUCAUCAGAUGAUGGAAAGAGGAUUGCAAGGUGUUAUACUGCUGCAACACUUGCAAAUUCUCAACCAGAAAAUGAUGAGGGAAAAGCAUGCUCUUUAGCGGCAGCUAUUGUUGAGUUCGAGAGAUUUUUCAGAAAAGAAGAUUUUGGACGCAUGAAGGUUGUUGGGCAGUUCAAUCUUGGAUUUAUUAUUGGAAAGUUAGACGAUGACUUAUUUAUUGUAGAUCAGCAUGCUGCAGAUGAAAAAUGUAAUUUCGAGCAACUCUCACAAUCAACCACCUUGAACCUACAGCCCCUACUUCAGCCAAUGAGGUUGGAAUUAUCACCAGAAGAGGAAGUAGUAGCUUCUAUGCACAUGGAAGUAAUCAGAAAUGGGUUUGUUUUGAUGGAGGAUGCUCAUGCCCCACCUGGCCAUCGAUUUCUAGUGAAGGCUGUUCCAUUCAGUAAGAACAUAACAUUUGGAGCGGAAGACGUGAAGGAUCUUAUUUGUACCCUUGCUGAUAGUCAAGAAGAUUGCUCGAUAAUUGGCAGUUACAAAAUGGACACUUCUGAUUCUCUAUGUCCAUCAAGAGUUCGUGCUAUGUUGGCUUCACGGGCUUGCCGGACAUCUGUUAUGAUUGGUGAUCCACUGACAAGAAAAGAGAUGCAGCGGGUAACCAAUAAGACUUAAUGGACAACAAAUUGGCAUGUCUACAUUAGUCCUAGUAUAUUUUAUAAGUCAUUUGAAAAAUUGAACUUGUUACAUUGACAUAUCUGAGAAAUCGUUUAACUAAAACUUAAUUCAUUGCACAUACAUGCUAAUAAAGUCCUGUGAUAACCAAAAGCAUUCUAAAGAAUGUUCAUGUUUUCCCCUUGUAUAAGUAAUAACAGAAAUAUCAAUGCUUUUUAAAGUUCUUUUGAUAUAUAUUUCCAUUUGUUUAAUUAGCAGUGAUAUGAUAACUACUUGAUGAUGCUGAUGAAUGGCAUAAUAUUGACUGUGCUAGAGGACACUUUUUGGUGCAAUUCCAGUGUUUAGACAUUCAUGGUGUUUUAUGUUUGUCUGUUAUUGCCUUUGUUUUUAUGAGAGUUUCUGUAUCUUUAUUCUGUAAAAAAAAUCUUUAGCAUUAUCUAAGGCAUGAAAAAUUUUUAAUUGUCUAUUAAUCCUAAGGGAAAGGCCAGAGCCUAUGUAGUAGAUGAUUGACCACCCUAUGGAAAUAGCUGGCAUCUCGAUCAAUUCCAACGAGUUCAACUAAUAUAGAAAUAGGAUGAAAGUUUUGGACCCUGUUAACAUUGUACUUGUGGAGCAGAUCCUUUUCAGAAAGCCCAUAGACCUUUUUUUUUGUGUGUGUACCGGCAUCUCACUACAAACCAUGAGAAUGCCCAGAAUAAUCAAGCAAAACACGCUCUAGUGCCGCCGGCACUUGCUCCAAACCCCUCCAUAGGACGGCCCCAGAGUGGUGUGCUGCGAAUGUGGUGAUCCAGUCCGCUGCACUGUUUGUCUCCCGAAAGACAUGCAUGGCUCGGAAGGAGUCCAACUCUCCCACAAGAUAGCAGAUAUCAUAGACAAGACCUCCCUGUAGACAUGGCUUAUCUGAAAAUUUAUGACUCGAAUGAAGUACUUGUUCUUUAUGCCUUCUGCCUUUCUGGUUUAGUUUUAUUUUUUCACCAGAAUAUCUGAAAUUA